AUGAAGUUGGUUAUUUUACUGCUGAUCUGCCUGGCACUGGGCUGUCAGGGAAAUGUGCUGCGGACGCCCAAGGAUGCAAUCGAUGUGCCCGUUGAGAUUCAAUUUGGUCCCGAAUAUCUGGCAGACAUAGAGAAGCAGGCGCAGAAGCAGGCGGAGGCGCAGACGGAGCAGAAGCCAGCGAAGGUGACGGAGCAGAAGCCAGCGGAGGAGACGGAGCAGAAGGCGGAGAAGAAGACGGGGAAGGAAGCGAGCGAGGAGGCACUCAUUGAUCUCGAAUAUCUGGCAAAGGAGGAGGCGAAACAGAAGCUGAAGAAGGAGAAGGAGACCGAGCGGGAGCCGGCGAAGCAGAAGGAGGCAGAGAAGGUUGCUAAGGAGUUGACGAGAACCGGAGAGCAGGAGGAGACUGAGGUGACGACAGAGUCCAAGGCACAACAACUUAUGGAGGAUAUCCGUAUCUACGAUGAUAAGCCUGCAAUCAAACCAGAAGAUCUGAAACCAGAUGCAACCGCAACCGAACCCAAAACAGAGCUGCCCAAAAUCGCCGAGGAGCAACCAACUGAAGCACAAGCCGAGCCCCAAUCGGAGCCACAGACACUUUUAAAAUCGCUGGCCGAUGAGCAGACUUCCGCCGAAGUAGCAGCUGCGCCGGCUGUUCCAGCUGAACCCGUUGCAGAGGAACAGGACGCGGUGCAGCCGAACUUGCGUCAGGCGACACAAGCAACACCCACCCAGCAAUCAUCGACGCAGCAGAACUUUGUGCAGCAACUGAUCCAAAACUCGCCCAUUGGUCAAUUCCUCAAUCAGUUCAAUGGCAACCAACAGCAACAGGCACAGCCCACUGCUGAUCAGGCUGCGACACCGGUGCCGACAGUGCCUGGUUUCCUCAAUCCGAGCAAUGCGAUUACCUCCGUUCAGAAUGCCGCACAAUCUGUGGUGAAUACCACAACUCAGGCCUUCCAGGGUAUUCAGCAGUUCGCCAGCAACCUGGGCACUCAAUUCCAGAACACCCUGUCCGGCCUGACGGGCCAGCAGCAACAGGCGACAACACCACGUCCACCGGGUCCCAUACAAUCCUUUGUGAACAAUGUGUUCGGUGGUGGUAACAAUAAUGCCACAGCAGCUGCACAGCCACAGCAACAGGGACCGCUGCAGGGCAUCAUUAAUUUCCUGGGCGGCGGCAAUCGGCCACAGAAUCCAGCUCCAGCUGCCGCUGAAGCAGCAGCACCAGCUCCAGUUGUUACCGACGCGCCUGCCAGGCAGCCAGGUGUGAAUGAUAAGAUUGAGCAGGCCGAGGACUCCGUCGAGCAGGCGGCGGACACGGAGAACGAGGUGCGCAACAGCGGCGAGGCCGUCGAUGAUUCCUUUGAGGAGGCGGUGCCCGUCAACGAGAUCAUUGUGGUCAACGAUGAUGCUUCUGCCUCCGAUGUGACUGCCGCCGAGCCUGGCCAGGCUGUGGUCAACAAUUCAGUGGAGCAAGAGUCGCAGCCAGCGGCUGAUCCAGCUGCUCUCUAA